CACACACACGUUAACCGGAGUUAAACUCAGAGGAAACAGGAACACACAGGACAGUUUUUAACCAGCAGUCACGGCUGUUUUCAGCAGAGAGCUGGGAGGAAAAUCCUCCAGAACAGCGGCGGGGAUUCAUUACUGCAAAGGCCGGGACUGGAGCUCCGACUGCCGGGGAGACACGCAGGCACAGCCCGGUAAAUUACGGGGUGUUUGUUAGGCUGGAGGGGGACCGAGAGGGGAAGAAGCGGGGGGACAGCUGGACAGAUGGAGACCCCAGCGUGAACGGUUAAACGAAGCUCGUCUGGAAUAAAUUUAAGUUCAGAAACUUUUUGAAGCAUGGCCGAGAUGCUGCUGGGUUUAUUGGCCAACAGGCGCAUCAUCGUCGGCCUGUUGGUCAACCUGCUGUCCUCCAUCUGCAUCGUCUUCAUCAACAAGUGGAUCUACGUACAUUAUGGCUUCCCCAACAUGACCUUGACCCUGGUCCACUUCGUCAUCACCUAUCUGGGACUCUACAUCUGCCAGAAAAUGGACAUUUUUGCUCCGAAAAGCCUCCCGAUUCGCAAGAUCGUGUGGCUGGCUCUGAGUUUCUGCGGGUUCGUGGCCUUCACUAAUCUUUCCCUGCAGAGCAACUCCAUAGGAACGUACCAGCUGGCUAAAGCCAUGACCACACCCGUCAUCAUCCUCAUCCAGACCACGUACUACAAGAAGACCUUCUCCACCAAGAUUAAACUCACACUGGUGCCCAUAACAUUAGGAGUGAUACUGAACUCGUACUACGAUGUGCGGUUCAACCUGCAGGGGACAGUGUUUGCGACACUGGGCGUUCUGGUGACGUCGCUCUACCAGGUGUGGGUGGGAGCUAAACAACAUGAGCUGCAGGUGAACUCCAUGCAGCUUCUGUACUAUCAGGCUCCUCUGUCAUCGGGCUUCCUGCUCUGUGUCGUCCCGCUGUUCGAGCCAGUCACUGGAGAGGGAGGAAUAUUUGGACCCUGGUCUACUGCUGCUCUGGUGACGGUGCUGUUUUCAGGUGUGGUGGCGUUCCUGGUCAACCUAUCCAUCUACUGGAUCAUUGGAAACACCUCAGCUGUCACCUACAACAUGUUUGGUCAUUUUAAGUUCUGCAUCACUCUGGUUGGAGGAUAUGUGCUCUUCCACGACCCGCUGUCACUCAACCAGGCCCUGGGGAUCCUCUGCACUCUGGCGGGAAUCCUGUCUUACACUCACUUCAAGCUGAUGGAACAGGAGGAGGGUAAGAGCCGCCUGGCUCAACGACCGUAGGCUGACUCACCUGUCAGUCGACUCCAGAGACCUCUUUUUUUAUAUAUAUUUUUUAUUUUACGAGUAUUUUUGUAGGAGAGAAUUUCAUCAUGCUUCGCUCAGAGGAUUCAGUGUGUACGACGUCCUCUGCUCUUCAAACUCUUCCCAACACUGAUGUCUGUGUUUAAGGAGAAACUGAAGCUCAUUACACCGGCACAUGGACUUUGGAUGAACUUUUUCAGCUGCUGAAAUUAAAAUAAAAAGCUGUGCUAACAUAACGAAACUACAAACCACAAAACGCUGACAACAACAUCUUUGUUCUCAUCUAGAUCGGAUAGAUUCUGCUGUUUGUGGCAUGCCUGUGUUGACAGAUUGGAUGACCUUUGAUUCAUUCAUGGGUGUCAUUUAGUCGCCACCAAUCAAAAGACCACAGGUCCAGGUCCUGUCAACACAGUGUGGACGAAGUGAAAGGACUGUGGAAGGACAGACGCUGUCAAAGACAGACAGGACUCUCUAACCAAGCCUUUUGUCUCAGCUGUGUGUACCAACUCUCCAGCAAACCAUUUCUAUCAGGUAUUAUCUACAAGGGAUUUGUCAUUGAAUGAAAAUGCUUUAAAGUGACAGUUGCUUUAACAUUCCUAAAAACGGCUUGGCUGCACCAUUCAGACUGUCCACACGCAGAAAAAUUAUUGUUUUACACAAUGGUCACAUGCCAAAGGUAACGAGAGGAGCAGUGUUUCAACCAUCACCCUUUUUAUUCUGUUUGUAGUGACUUAAAACCAUCGUUAUUAAAACACAAAUCUCAACCUAUAUAUUAACAUACCUCGACGAUGACUUCAAACAAUAGUCCAGCUAUUUUCAAACUGUCCACAUUUCAACACUUGCCAACCAUUCCACAAGUAUUGAGCCAGAUUACAGAUGAUAUUGCAAAACAAAAAGAUAAUAACUUAAAGCUGGUGUGACGAGUAAACGUUCAGCAUUAUCACAGCAGAAAUUGGUUAGCAAGCUAACGGCUAAUGCACUAGCUAGAUGGGACUAUAGUGCGAGUGGCAGACUUCAAGGCUCAGUCACUGUUUUGAUGACUUGCAACUUGCACUGACGGAAAAUAAAUAACUUGAGAUUCCACUUAGAUGUGGAAGAUGAAGACUUGAGACAUGAUGACUUGAAUAUCUUGUCGCUGUUCAUUUAUGUUUUCAGUUUAGUUAUCUGUCGUCUCUUUCUCUUGGAAAGUGGUGAGAAGGGAAUCUUUUUUGAUUGAGAAGGAAUGAAGGUUUUCUUUUUUCCUCUUUUUUGUUGCGUUUUACUCGCUGACAUUGUCCUUCUCGGGAGUUAUUGAAGAUAGAAAAAAGCUAAAAGUACAAUCACACAGUUUGUUCAAAAAGAUGUAUUUGAACUGUUGACUCGUGUCUCUUAACUGUUUGUAUUACAUUUCUCCUCUGUGGAAAAGUUUUUACUCUGAUAGAAAGUCAAACGAGUCAACUGUGAUCACUUCCUCCAUUUUGUUUUCUCCUAGCCGGGAGAAUCCUAAAACUAAUUUCUAGACUUGUCUUUCUCUUUAAAGAAACCAAGAAAAGGUGCUGACCUACAGGAGUCGGUGUGAUCAGUUGCAUUUGGAAUAUCGGAAAAAUGUAAUUUAAACUCCAAUCAUGUGAUGUCUUAUUACAGAAACCAGUGAUGUCUGAGCGUCAACGUGUCUGAUGCACUGCAGCCUCUCCACAUACAGUCUGACUGUAUCGUGACAGAAAAUCAAACAGUUGGUUUGCAGCUUUCACUUUUUUUAUUUGAAUUUACUGUGUUGAAAAUUCAUUCUGCUGAAUAAAAAAAAUGUUUUGGGUACUUUG